AUGCACCUGAUCACUGUGUUUGGAAACCUGCUCAUCAUCCUGGCCGUCAGCUCUGACUCCCACCUCCACACCCCCAUGUACUUCUUCCUGGCCAACCUGUCCCUUGUAGACAUCUGUUUCAUCUCCACCACCGUACCCAAGAUGCUGUGGAACAUCCAGGUUCAGAGCAAAGUCAUAACCUAUUCAGGCUGCAUCACCCAGAUGUAUUUUUUCAUACUGUUUACAGGAUUAGAUGUCCUUCUCCUGACUGUGAUGGCUUACGACCGCUUUGUGGCCAUCUGUCACCCCCUGCACUACACGGUCAUCAUGAAGCCCUGGCUCUGUGGACUGUUGGUUCUGAUGUCCUGGUUGUCGGUUGUCUCCUUAUUUUCCUGUACAAGCCUAGGAGUGUACCUUAGCUCUGCUGCUCCCCAGAGCUCCCACGCAAGUGCAGUGGCCUCUGUGAUGUACACGGUGAUCACACCCAUGUUGAACCCCUUCAUCUACAGCCUGAGAAACAAAGACAUAAAUAGGGCUCUGUUGAGAUUCCCUGGGAUGGCAGCUCUAAAAGGGUCAAUAGUACUGGGCUGA